CCCACUUAAGGAUCUCCUCUGGCAGCCUGCGGUGGGGCUUAAAAUCCUGAUUUGACAGAUCACAUUUUACUUACAGGCAAUAAGAAAAUAGCCAGCCACUGCCUGCACUGCACUUCUGCUCUUUAACACGGCAGAAACCAACCCAGACUCUUCAGAUACAAUGGGGACCAAGCUGAGAACGCUUCUUUCAGCAGUUAUAUUAGCAUCAUGGGUGCUCUCAGCAUCUGGUGCACACUACCACACUCGCACUUAUCACAGGCAGAAGGAUGUAGGACUUACUGAAGAAAUCAAUGCAACAGCAAGGAGGAAUAAGAGAGAUGCUGACUAUGACAACAACAAUGCCCUUCUGCCUGCCGAUACCCCAGAUGACUCUGGCCCACUCCAGCCUGUGGGGGAUCCUUCAGACCUUCCAACCUGUCUACUGUGUGUGUGUCUGACUGGAUCUGUCUACUGUGAGGAGGUCGACCCAGAUAUGACAUCAGUGCCUGCUCUGCCCAAGGAAACAAAUUACCUCUAUGCUCGGUACAACAAGAUAAAAAAGAUAACAGCAAAAGAUUUCGGAGAGAUCGUGACUUUGAAAAGAAUCGACUUCACUGGAAACAUCAUUUCUGAGAUUGAGGACGGUGCCUUUGCCAAGCUCACCAUGCUUGAGGAGCUCUCGCUAGCUGAAAACCAGCUGGUCAAGUUGCCAAUGCUGCCGGCAAAAUUAAUGUCCUUCAAUGCCAAUCACAACAAACUGAAGACCAAAGGCAUCAAGGCGAAUGCUUUCAAGAAACUGAACAGACUGAUAAAUCUGUAUCUUGCUCACAAUGAACUGGAGGCUGUUCCUGUGAUUCCAGAAAGUGUCCGCACGCUUCACCUUCAGAAUAAUAACAUUUCAACGGUGAGUGUGGACACCUUCUGCAAAAGUAACAACACCUACUACAUCCGCCCCAAUAUGAACGAGAUCCGUAUGGACGGAAACCCAGUCAUACUCGCCCAGUAUCCCAACAGUUUCACAUGCCUGCAGUCUCUGCCAAUUGGGCGAUACCAGUGAAAAAGUAUCAAAGAUGAUAACGCAAUGCGAAAUCCAUGGAUAUCCAAUGAUGCUAACUGAAACCGGGGUGGGAAGUCAUUCCGUCUCCUGGUGCCUGUGCAGAAAUGAUUGUGCAGCAGAGUAAUGCCAUGUUCUAUAUAUAUAUAAUUAUGUAACAGCUGCCCUUGAAUUUCCUCUUGAUAUUGACUUUGUAGAUGAAGCUGAAACGCAAGUCAACAAAGAUUAGAAAGAAUGUCAAGAAAGAAUAACUUCAUACCUUUUGUAAAUAGUGAAAUCUGAGUUCAUGAAUAAUUGCAGUCAAGCAUCUAGCAUUUCUCAGAACUUUGUGAAUUUCUGUCACUUGUACUGUUAAAAUGUUUUAUUUUAGUUGAACCUAGAAGCCUGUUAAGUUCAUCAGAAGGUGAGGAACCCAUUCCUGCAUGGAUCCACGACAUCUGGUCUUUCCUGAAUUACCUACUCUGAUUUGUUUGAAUAUUAUUUAUAUACUACAUUUGUAAUUAUUAACUAUGUGUGAAACAUGAAUAGACUGUACAGUAACACUUUCUAUGAAAAAUCCACUUUCUAUGUUCUCUUAUUUGUUUUUUAAAUA